AUGUGCCUUUUUCACCUGAUCGAGUGCUUCCUUCCCACUACUCUGGCCACUAUUGGCGCAGGUAUUUCACCCAAUGGCAUCACAAAGCUGUUCGGUAACUCCUUCGGCCUGCCCGGGGAGAAUGCCACUUACGAUUACAUCGUAGUCGGAGGAGGCACGGCAGGUAAUGCGAUUGCCGCCCGACUGGCCCUGGACCCAGCCAAUUACUCGGUGGCAGUCGUCGAGUCCGGUUCCUUCUACGAAAUUCUCAACUCCAAUCGCACUCAGGUUCCUGGCUAUGACUUUUACUCGGCGCUGGCCAACUUUGUGGGUGGCGCUUUCGAAUCAUUGACUAAUUUCGGUUUGAAAACUGCACCUCAAGGGGGUUACAAUGGACGCGAGAUCCUGUAUGUUGCCGGGCAGACUUUUGGCGGAAGCUCGGCCUCCAACUACAUGGGGUAUGCGCGCGCCUCCGAGGGCACAUUUGAUAAAUGGUCCAAAAUCGUCGACGAUGAUCUUUGGUCCUGGGACAAUGUGUAUCCCGCUUAUAAGAAGAGCUGCAAUUUCACAGCGCCCAACUACAACAAGAUCGAUCCGUCCGCCAACAUUUCGUACGAUGCGUCGGCCUUUGAAAGCAAUGGGGGACCUCUUCAAGUAUCGUACGGUAACUACCAGGGCCCGUACGGUCCAUACCUAGAAGCAUCUCUUGACAAGCUCGGGUUUGAACGUCUCCCCGGACUCAACAGUGGGCGGCUGAUUGGUUAUGCCACGAUCACGGCUGCCAUUGAUCCAGACGAAGCAACUCGCAGCAGCUCCGAAACCUCAUUCCUUCAGCUGGCUGCACAGCACUCGAAUAUCAAGCUGUACCCACAGACCCUAGGCUCUCGGGUUCUAUUUGAUGAGAACAAGCGGGCCACGGGUGUGGAGGUGCAGACCAAUUCGUUGAUGUCGAGAUUCAAGUACCAUCUCAAUGCGAACAAAGAGGUCAUUGUCUCUGCUGGUACCUGUCACUCUCCUCAAAUCCUGAUGCUGUCUGGCGUUUGUCCAUCACAGACUCUGCAAAAGUACAACAUCCCCGUUGUAGCCGACCUACCCGGAGUCGGUCAGGGGGCUAGGGAUCAACCGUGGAUGGCCCUAUCAUAUAAGGUCAAUGUGACCACCGGCACUCAAAUGGCUGCCGGCAAUGCCGAGUUCUCUGGGGCCCGCGUGGAAGAAUACCUGACCAACCAGACGGGUCUGCUGUCCAGCAUCGGAGGAGGCCAAGCCUUGGCAUUUGAGAAGUUCCCCACCUCCUACCGUCAGGAGUUCAGUCAAUCCACUCGGAACUUCCUUGAGACGUUCCCGAGUGACUGGCCCGAGACCAACUAUCUUUCCUUGGAGUAUGACUCCUACCCGUCCGACCUGGGUCCCGAUGACAACUACCUCACCAUCGGCUCGGCCCUACUCACCACCUCUGCCCAGGGAAACCUGACCAUUCAGAGCGCGGAUAUCACUGACCUCCCAAUUAUCAGCCCCAAUUGGCUCCUGGAUGAGGGCGAUCAAGAGCAGGCAAUUGCUGCGUUGCAGCGCAUUCGAGAGAUUGCGUUCAACAGCACCAUUGUCGAGGAAGAAUAUCUGCCGGGCCGCAAUGUGACGACUCGCACUGAGAUCCUGGAGUGGCUCAAGGAUAACACGAGUCUGAUCUAUCACGCUACAUCAUCCUGUAAGUUUGACUUCCCUAAUGCCGCUGGUGAGCAUUGCCCAACUGAUGGCCUCAUGUGA